AUGGAGAACUCGUCGGGGGCGGCCACGUCACCUGCGCACUCGCCCGCCUCGUCAUCUCCUUCUGCUUCAGGGUUGAGGCUGAAGGCGUUGAGGCCACCACAACUACCACCGAGCACCCACCCACAACCACCCCAGCAAGGGGAACUGCGUAGCGAGGUGGUGAGGCUCAACGUGGGCGGGGUGGUCUACGUGACGACGGCCGCCACCUUACGCAGCCGCGGGGAGAACUUCUUCACGGGCCUGCUCGACCGCUCGCGCGAGUGGGCGACCCACGACGGCGAUGGCGCCCUGUUCGUGGACCGCAAUGGCCACCACUUCGGCCCCGUGCUCGACUUCCUGCGCACCGGGCGCCUGGUCGUGCCGCCGGGCAUGGACCGGAGCGCCGUCGAGGCCGAGUGCAACUUCUACCUCAUCGAACUACCCGCGGACGCGCGGCCGCAGCACCUGGACAAGUGGGACACCUGCGUCCUGCAGUGGCGGCGGAGGAGCUAUACGUCGGUGAACACGCUGCUGAUCAAGUCGGCCGACUUUGUCACGUCCGUCACCGAACAGCACUGCGAGUUCAAACUCUCCGAGUCUGAGUCCCACGAGGAGCAAGAGUGGCACGUGGUGGAGAGUCUCAAGGACGACAUCGCCGAGCUCAAGGAGACACAGUUUCAGGUCAAGGUCCACGAGAAGGAGAUACAACUCAUCACCGAGCUGAUCGCGAAUGGCUGGGAGGUGGCCUACAACAAUGCAUCAUCUUCCGACGGAAGCUUCACUGACAGCAGCGGCAUGACAUUUCAGCUGUAG